CCCCCCCUGCCUCUUCCUCUGUUGCCUCCUCUUCUCAGGUUUCUCUUUCUUCAUCCAAAUCCCACCUUCUAAGCCUUCUCCUCCUUCCCUUCUCCUACUCGGGUUUUCCUUGGCCUAUUUCUCUCUCUCGAGGGAGGGAAGAGCGAGUGCCUUCGGAAGCCGCAGGAAAGCUGCCACCUUUCGCCGUUAGCCAUUCCGGCUUGCUCCUAUUUCGCCAAGCUUAAUUCUUCACGGUAGAGCAGAUCGCUUUCCUCAAACAGGUCCCUUUUAACCUUGAUUCCAGAACAAUGGGAGACCAUCUUGCUCUGCUUGUGGACCAUUUGCUCACCGAGUCGACGCUUGAGGCUGCAAUUGGAAACGGGAAACAAGCCCAAAUAGCUGCCGAUUCUGCCUCAUCGGGUGACCUUGGCAGUAAUUCUACCCCGGAUACGUCUGUUGGGCACCGGACACCCUCAGGGAAGCUGGUGGAGUGCAGAAUCUGCCAAGAGGAUGACCAUGAUUCCAACAUGGAGAUCCCUUGCUCAUGCUGUGGCAGCUUGAAGUAUGCUCAUCGGGUAUGCAUUCAGCGGUGGUGCAAUGAGAAAGGAAACACAAUGUGUGAGAUAUGCCUCCAGCAAUUCAAGCCAGGAUAUACCGCUCUGCCAAAGUUGUUUCAUUAUGGGAGAGCUCCGAUGAACUUCAGACACACUCUCAGGGGAAGCUGGGAUGUAUCCAGUCAGGACCUUCAUGAUCCCCAGAUUCUAACAGUGGUUCCAUCUGGUGUCAUUGAGUCAAAUUAUUAUGACCAAUUAGUUUCAAGGUUAAGAAGCGCAAUUUGUUGUCGGUCAGUCACCAUAAUCUUCAUGAUUCUUUUGGUUCUUCGCCAUACUCUUCCUCUCAUAAUCAGUGGAGCUGAGCAGUACUCAUUUACUCUAUUCUCACUGCUGGUGUUGAGGACUGCUGGAAUACUUGUACCCAUCUUUUUUAUUGCUGGAACAUUAACAACGUUUCAUCACUCCCGUCGCCGACAGGCAACUCGGCGAAUAUUAUCUGCCUCUUCAUCUCAAGCAGAGAAUAUGUAAAUGAAGUCCUUCCAUUCACAUGCAGUCUCAGCCACAUAUCGUCCGAGCCUACCGGCACCAAACAAAUUGUAGAGUUGGUGACCAAUUAUGUGAAGCUUCACAGUCGUAAGUGUCAUAAUGAAGGCAAUAUAUGACACCAAUAUACCUGUAAAGAAAAGAAGUGCCAAUGAUAAUUGAAGCUUCUCGAGGAAUGUUACUUCAGAAUGCGCAACAUAAAACCGUUCUCUGCCUCUAUAAAGGUUGCGAGGAAAAGUUCGGAACAUUUCAGCACUGGAAGAAUUCAGCAGCUGAACAUGAUACUUCACAUUCAUAUGAAAGAUGGAAUUUGUGCCAGAUAUAAUGGAAACAAAUCCAAAGGUUCAACUCUGUAUCAAAAUGUGCAUUUCACCUUGAUGUUCUUCAUUUGUUUGCUAUAAAAGUUUCCUGAAGUUGUUUCCUGUUUAA